CUCAAACGCUGCUGUAACGGUUCAGAUUAGUGCCAUUGUGAAUGGUGCUGAUAGUGCUGCAUGCUCAUGAUGGCAUAGACUGGGAGCUAUGAAGCAAAGCCAGCUGGGUUGCAUAACUUCACUGUUUCUGCGCGCUUGUGGAUCAAUGGAGUUGUGAUCUGGACUGGACAUCUAUAAAGCACAGAGACAAUGGUUUCCAUCGGAAAGGUGCUGAUCGGAGUCUUUGGAGUGGCAGUGGUGGUCAUUCUCAUAGCGGUACCUACUGCUAUAUAUCUGAAAGAGGACCAGGGGGGAAACAAGCACCAGAGAUCUUUCACCCUGGAGGACGUCUUCAACAGCUCACUGAGACCAAAGUCCUUCGGCAUGAGGUGGAUCUCAGAUCAUGAGUAUCUGAAUAAGACCCAAGGCUCAGUCUUCCUUCAGAACGUGGUCACAGGAGCGUCCUCAGAGUUCUUGAGCAGAGACAAGUUCGACGCAAAACGCGCUUAUGAUUACCGGCUGUCUGCUGACCGCAACUAUGUCGCAUUCAUAAGCGAUCAUUCCAAGCUGUGGAGGCACUCAUUUACGGCAACAUAUUCACUUUAUGACCGGGAAUUAAACAAAUUUCUCACACCUGACAUUCCGGAUAAAGUCCAGUACUUUGCCUGGGCUCCUGAAGGGAACAAACUGGCCUAUGUUUGGGAGAACAAUGUGUAUAUAAAGAUCAGCCCUGGGUCAGCCCCACGUCAGGUCACUUUCAAUGGCAAGGAGAAUCUGAUUUUGAAUGGGAUCCCGGACUGGGUGUAUGAGGAGGAGAUGUUCUCAUCCAGUCAGGGUCUCUGGUGGUCCCCGGAAGGGAAGUACGUGGCUUAUGCUGAGUUCAACGACACACUGGUCCACAAUAUAGAGUACUCCUGGUAUGGUGAGAACCAGUACCCCAGCACUGUUUCCAUUCCUUAUCCAAAGCCAGGAACUCCCAACCCUACUGUGAAACUGUUUGCUGUGGACACUGACAACAGCACAGCAGAAAUUACUGAGGUUGUUGUUCCAGCCUCAUUCGGCUCAGGUGAGCACUAUUUGGCCACUGUUACUUGGGCGACGGAUGAACGUAUUGCGGUCCAAUGGCUGAAGAGAGUACAAAACCACCUCAUCCUUCAGAUCUACAAUUUUAAUGGAGUCAGCUGGGAUCCUGUUGAGCGUCUGGAGGUGAAGAGUCCCGAUGGUUGGGUUGGACGGUUCUCUCCAUCAGAACCAGUGUUUGCCGCAGACAAGAACAGCUACUACCUGUUGAUGAGCAACACUGAAGGGUACAAGCACAUCCAUCAAGUGGUCGGGGGCACAGCUACAGCAAUCACCUCUGGACAAUGGGAAGUCAUUGACAUCCUGAAAGUAACCGCUGAUAGUGUAUAUUAUUCAAGUAACGAAGAGGGCGGCACGCCAGGAGGAAGGAAUGUUUACAAGCAGACCGAACAAGGGUUCAAGUGUCUGACGUGUGCGUUUCGUGGAGAUGACUGUCAGUAUAACUCAGCCUACUUCAGCCACAAUGCCUCCUUCUACCGUAUGACCUGCAGUGGUCCUGGCAUUCCUUACCAUGCUCUCAUGGAAAACGGGAAUGAUAUAGAACUCCAUGUUUUGGAGGACAAUAAGGAAUUUAGCAGCCUGAUAUCUGACAUCCAAAUGCCCAGCAUGCGUCGACGCACCAUAAAAAUUGAAGGAUUAGAUCUCUGGUACCAGAUGUUUUUACCUCCAGGCUUUGAUGAAUCCAAGAAGUACCCUUUACUAAUAGAUGUGUAUGCUGGUCCCUGCAGUCAGAAAGCAGACUACGUCUACAGGGUCGGCUGGUCCACCUACCUGGCCAGCACUGAGAAAAUCAUCGUCGCCAGCUUUGACGGAAGAGGAAGCGGUUACCGAGGCGACGAGUUAAUGCACGCAAUCUACAAACGUCUGGGAACCUAUGAGGUGGAAGAUCAGAUAACAGCAGCCAGGAAAUUCAUCGAAAUGGGCUUCGUUGACAAAAACAGAGUUGCUAUUUGGGGCUGGUCUUAUGGUGGAUAUGUGACGUCAAUGGCCUUGGGAUCUGGAAGUGGAGUUUUCAAAUGUGGAAUGGCGGUCGCUCCAGUGUCCAAAUGGGAAUAUUAUGAUUCCAUCUACACAGAGCGGUACAUGAUGGAGCCUUCAGAGAAUUAUCUUGCCUACAUUAACUCAACAGUAACUGCCAGGGCCAGUAAUUUCCAGUCAGUGCAGUAUCUUCUGGUUCAUGGAACAGCUGACGACAAUGUUCAUUUCCAGCAGGCAGCCGAGAUCUCUGAAGCUUUGGUAGAGGAGCAGGUGGACUUUGAGGCGAUGUGGUACACAGACAAGGAUCAUGGGCUCGGCGGCUCGGCUAAUCAACACGUCUACACCCACAUGAGCCACUUCCUACAGAGGUGCUUUGCAUGAGGUCCACUGGAUCACAAAGAUCUUCUUUCAUUGCCUUAAGUGAAUAAAUUAAAAUUGGGUGAUAAAGUCUUCAAUUGUAAAUGCAGGCUUGAUUAUUAGUGCUCCAAGCGCCGGGAAAGUACAAAGUAGCCCAAGUCAUACUGUCAUUCUGUGAAAUUUUGUCUUGCAUAGGCCUGUUUUCAGUCAGAAAAAACAGCUUCUCUGGAAAAUUAUUACAUUUUAAUUUGUAACAUAUAGGCCUACAUUUUUGAGUUUGUUUUGUGGAUGUACUUUUUCAAGAGGUUGACCUGGGGAUAGGGGAACAACAUAAUAAAAAGUUUAAUUGUACUUGUACUACUUGGAUAAAAACAGUUUUUACAGUAUUGUAUUAAAUUAUGCACCAUCGCAAUUUUAUACAGUUUUCAAAUUUAUGAGAUUGUUGUCUGUUUGAUGUAAUUGUUUCUUAAAAUAAAAAAUAAUUAAAUGAGAA